CCGCCGAUCGGUGGCGCUCGAGCGACUCGACGCUUCAGCAGCGACAGAGAAGAAUCACCCGGAAGCCGCAGGGAAAGCGGAAGUGCAGAGAUGGAGGCGGCCGUGUUCAUUUUAUCCCUCGUCGACUGCUGCGCUUUAAUAUUCCUCUCCGUGUAUUUCAUCAUCACUCUGUCUGAUCUGGAGUGUGACUACAUCAACGCUCGAUCCUGCUGCUCCAAGUUAAACAAAUGGGUCAUUCCUGAGAUGAUCGCUCAGGCUCUGGCCACGGUCCUGAUGCUGGUCUCCAUGCACUGGUUUGUGUUCCUGCUCAACCUCCCCGUGGCAUCCUGGGACGUGUACAGGUACGUGAAGGUUCCCAUGGGGAACAUGGGAGUGUACGAUCCCACAGAGAUCCACAACAGAGGCCAGCUCAAGUCCCACAUGAAGGAAGCCAUGAUCAAGCUGGGCUUCCACCUGCUCUGCUUCUUCAUCUACCUGUACAGCAUGAUCCUGGCUCUCAUCAACGACUGACCCACAACACAAACUGCCAAAUCAUGAACUGGCCUUUACAUUUUGUGAUUAAACUCCAUGCAUCCCAAUCAGAAGAUCAGCUCCAGCUUUCCUCAACACAUUCUCACAGACGACCCUCAGAAAUGGCUCUCCGGAGGACCACAAACCCCUGAUGAAGCGAGCGCCGCCGCAUGCGCUCUCCUCCCGUCACGUGUCUGUACUUCACUUUGGUUUCUCUGUAUCUUGCACUGCUUCUCAGGGCUGAAGCAUCAAGACAGUCGCACUGAAUCACUCAACGUCUACGCUUGACGAGAAUCUACACACAAAACACACGUCCAGGAAUUCUGUUUCCGCCACAGGAUUAUAAAAGAAAAAUAAUUACAGUUCUCUCAAUUCUCACCUUUUUGCUUACAAUUCUUAGUUUAUAUCUCACAAUUCAGACUUUGUUUCUUGCAAUUCCGAAUUGAAUAAACUCGCAAUUCUGAGAAAAAAGUUACAAUUAUGAGAUAUAAACACGAAAUUACAAUAUAUAUAUUUAGACUUUGUGUUAUUCUUAGAAUUGCAUGAAAAAUCUGAAUUAUAAUUUUAUAAUCCAGAAUUGAAACUCAGAUCUCAAGAAAAAAGUAAUUACAAUUUUCAUUUUUUUUUGUAUCCUGUGGCAGAAACAAGUUUCCAUAGAUUCACCCUUAAUGGUUUGAAAUAUAUGCUUUUUUUUUAAUUUGAUGAGCUAGACGCAUACUUGUUAAGUUUCGUGAUUUUCUUCUUCAUUCACUUGCAUGCUUUUUUUUAAACUGCCUGUCGUUGGAAGCAUUUCCUGUAUAUGUGAACUUGUUUACAGCUGAACGGCGCAGGACUCAAAGGAGCUCUAGAAUAACCAGAACAAGCACUAAUGUGUUCAUCACAGCCUCUCUGAUUCAGAUCCGGUCUGAAUCACAUCUGAGCCACUCGAUCAACUUCCUGCUAAUCACAUUUCAAUGGCUUGUUUUUGAGCAGAUAUCAUUGCUUUUGUUCUGCUUUUCAUGUUUAAGAAUGUGUCGGAAUUUUAUCAAAUCAGACAACUUGGUAAUUGCUUGAUGUUAAAGUGAGAUUUCAUCCUGAAUCGUACAAAACUUGGACCCCAAAAUCACAAGAAAUAAAUUAUAUUUUGUUUAAAGAAACUGAAGGCAAUGUUUAGAACCAUUAAGAUAUUUUUAAUGUUGUUUUAAUGUAAAUUGAGCACAUUUCUCUUCUAGAAUUUUUAUUUCCAUAGUGCUUCUGGGUAUUUUACUUUUGGGUAUUUUAUUUUUUUCAAAGGUGCUUAUUACAAAAUACAUGUUCAGUUCUCAAAAGUCAUCCAAUUUAAAUCAUAAAAUGUGUUCUGAAUUUAUAUGUCAUAGUAUUUCCUAAGUUAAAGUUUAAUUGUCAUGGAAAUACAAUAGAAAAAAUCUAAAUGGUGCUUAAAAUCGGGUAUCAUUUUCUUUACACAAAAUACUUUUCUCUGAUUUUGGAUUGCGAUUUUAUUUUUUAUUUUUUGAGGAUUCACCUUUGUCGAGGUUAAUGAAUGCUGGUAAGCAGGGGUGUGGUUUUGUUCAAACACUAUGCAGCAUCACAUGAUCUUCAUUGAGUUUUAUCAGUCAGUGUUCUGCGUUGAAUAGCCCUGUUAAGUAGCUGUUCGUGUCAUUUGAGAGGGUUUGGUUUGUAAGCAUGUGAGAUCUGUCAUCGGUUUUGUUGAGUUCUUUUGCAUAUUUGCAUUUGUGGGGUUUAUUAAAUAAAAAGAUGAUCAUGAA